AACUGGGAGCUGCAGGGCCUGGGCCAAUCGGGGCGGCCGGCGCCUGGUGCCGGGUCCGAUCCCUGCGGAGGCGCUGGGCCGGGACGGGAGGGGAAGGGGCUCGGCCCGGUGCCCGCCCUGCCAGGUGCAGCCAUGCAAGAAAGCAUACGUUUUGCUUCAUCGGGAGAUGACGUUAAAAUUUGGGAUUCCUCAUCUCUAACUGUGGUGGAGCAGUUCAACCCACAUACACCCCCACAUCCAGUCAGCUCACUAUGUUGGGCCAGCAAUAAUAGAUACCUGGCCACUGCUUCUGCUGCUGGUGAUAAAAUAGUUGUUUCAAGCUGUAAAAGCAAAGCUGUUCCACUCUUUGAAAUUGCUGAAGGGGCAAAACAGACAUGUGUGAGCUUGAAUUCUAGUUCUUCAUAUAUUGUGAGUGGAGGCCUGGAUAACACAGUUAAUAUCUGGGAUCUGAAAUCCAGAAGGGUUUACCGUAGCCUUAAGGAUCAUAAAGAUGAAGUCACGUGUAUUACAUAUAAUUGGAAUGAUUGCUACAUUGCUUCUGGAUCUUUGAGUGGUGAAAUUAUCCUACACAGUGUUACAACCAAUUUAUCAAGUAAUCCCUUUGGUUACGGCAGCCGUCAGCCUAUUCGACACUUGAAAUAUUCAUCCUUUAAGAAAUCCUUGCUGGGCAGCGUUUCUGACAGUGGAAACGUAACUCUGUGGGAUGUAAAUAGUCAGAACCCAUAUCAUAAUUUUGAAAAUACUCAUAAAGCACCAGCUUCAGAAAUCUGCUUUUCUCCAGUCAAUAAGCUGCUGCUUGUAACUGUAGGUUUGGAUAAAAGAAUAAUUCUGUAUGACACUUCAAGUAAAAAAUUACUGACAACAAUAGUAGCUGAUUUUCCUCUGACAACAGUAGACUUCAUGCCUGAUGGUACUACUUUGGCUAUAGGGUGUUCCCGGGGAAAAAUCUGCCAGUAUGACUUAAGACAACUGACAUCACCAGUGAAAACAGUUAUUGCUCACAAAGGCUGUGUGAAAUGCAUACGUCUUCAGUUCAGUAGCACUUUUUCCAAGUCUAACCUUACAAGUUCUUCAAAUAAACCUGUAUCCAAAAGAGUAGAAGUCAAAGCUGGUAGUAAUCUUGGAGGAAUUCAAAAUGUCGGCAUCAAAAACAUUGCCUCUCAAGCAUCAGCUACAGUUUCAUCACAUCUGACAUUGCCAAAUGAGAAUAAGGGAGGAGAGUUUCUUCAGGAGAAAACAGGCUUUCCCCAUAGUUGCAGCUUGGAUGUGAUUCCAUCUAAAGAAACAGAUCAUGGGAAAAGUGCUGAUUUAAAUAAUUCUGAUGUGGGUCGAAGUAGUUUAGGAGAUGUGUUUUCUCCAGUCAGAGAUGAUACUAUUGCAAAUAAAGUGAAUGAAGAUCCUCAAGGAAAAGGGGAUGGUCUGGAUUUUCAGUCCUAUGUUUUGGGUUUGGAUUUUCUCCCACAGCUCACCACUGCCCUUCCAGUAAAAAGAAACCCAGUCGGCAGUAGUGCACAAGGGAUACGGUCCAGCCCAUUACAUGCACUUGUGGGAGCUCCAAUUAAAGAAGAACAACAGCAUCCAGAGACUGAUGCUAAGAAAAUAAAUCUUGGAAAACCAGAAUCUAAAGAAGUCUCAAAGCAGCUUUCAAAAUCAAGCUCAUCAAGUGCAGAAUCUGUAACUUUAAGUCCUCCACCAUCAUCCACUGCUGUAAAGGCUCCUGAUACGAAUGAGAGACUGGUGAAGAAUAUUCAGGCCCAUCCUGCGUAUGAUCUACCAGUAAAUGGUACUACCUCAACAAGUCCAAAGAUAACAUCACCUGUCACUGCUGGAGUUGCCAGUUCGUUGUCAGAAAAAAUAGUAGAAACUAUUGGUAGUAGCAGACCAAAUGCACCUCUGACAUCAAUCCAAAUAAACUUCAUUCAGAAUAUGAUACAAGAAACAAUGGAUGACUUCAGAGAAGCAUGCCAUCGAGAUAUUGUGAAUUUGCAAGUGGAGAUGAUCAAGCAGUUCCACAUGCAGUUGAAUGAAAUGCACGCUUUACUUGAAAGAUACUCUGUAAAUGAAAGCUUAGUAGCUGAAAUUGAGAGACUACGAGAGGAAAACAAAAGACUGAGGACUCACUUCUGAAACAUUUACACUGCUAAUUUUAUUAGCAUGAACUUACUACAGAUGGUGUGUUUUUAUGACAGAUCAUCCAUCAUCACUGAAGUAUUGUGUGAAGACCUGCUCUUAUUUUGAACACGAAUCUUUUCUUCUAAAUAAAUGGUAUAAGAUACUAUAUGUUAUUAUAAAACUUUGUAACAGAUAAACACUGUAUAAAGAACCUUUGCAUACUCAUGCUAACCACUUUGAGGUACAUCCUUCUAACAGAAAAACUAAAAGGAUUAGUACAUUAUCAGAGGUUUAGCAAUAUGUUAAGUGCCUUUUUGUAAACAAAAUCAAACCAGGACAGAUGCCUUUUUCCGUAAGAAUUUUUUGAUAUACCUACUUUUCUAUCUGCUGCUUUGUUUUACUGCUGUCGGAAGCAAUCACUGUAGCUUGCCUUUCAGAUUCUUAUUUUGGAGGAAAAAGAGGAGAGAAAGCUCAUCUUCUGCAUGACGUGGAGCCUUGUUUAUAAGGAGCUGGAAAGUACAGUAUUCAGUUAACUUUAUUCAACUAGCAACUGUUCUAUCCUAAGUAAAACCAGAGCUUGAAAA